UUUUAAUGAGUUUGAAAAUUGCGAUUGAUUUAAACGCCCAAUUUUUCGCGCGCCUUGAUGGCGUCGUCGAUGUGACGUCAUUAUUCAGUAAACAGGUUAGAUCGAGUAGACAGUUUGUAUUGAAAGCAUCAAAAAUGACUGAAAAUGCAGAUUACGUACAAGAUCCAGUAAAAAAACGCAAUUACAAGUGGUGCUUUGUUCCCUUGUGUAAGAGUAAAACCAUUUCUACGCCUUUAAAAAUUUUUGUAUCGGUGCCAAAAGGAGAUAUUAGGAAGAAAUGGUUCGAAAUCGCAAGACGGAAUGAUGCUUCAUCGAUAUCGCUUAGCACCAGCUUGUUUUGCUGUCAAGAUCAUUUCCAUUUGCAAGAAGAUAUAGAAAAUUAUACGAGAGUACGACUCGAUCCAAAUGCAUCUGUACGACUGAAGAAAGGUGCACUACCUCGGAUAUUUAACUGUCAACCUGAUAGACAACGUGCUCAUGUGAAACCGACGCGUCCAGUAGCUCUGAAGCGCCAGAAAAUAGAAACCUUAAACGAAAUCCUACAAACUGAAACAGUAAUUGAUAGUAGCAUGGAAUGUGAAUCCACAGAACCUAUUACAAUCGAGUCGUUGCAUAUUGACACCAACAUUGAUGAUUUUUCAACUACUCAACAUCAGGUGGCUGCUGUUGAAAUCGAUUGGAGCAAUGAUGCAACACCAAAAUGCAAGAAUGUUGGUAUUCAAGUAAAAAUGCGUGACCAUAAGACAAUGCGUAGCAAGUAUGUACAAAACGUGCCAGUGAUGCAAGAUGCUUCAUGUUCGACGAAAAAACUCGUAAGCCAGCAAAAAACUGAGAAUGUAAUUGCAUCAUCUGAGUCAACAUCGGCCAACACGAAUGUGACAAGUACUCUCAAUGAUACACUGGAUGAUUGCGAUGAUGAAUAUCUACCAUCUGAGGAAACAAGCGAAGAGGCAGUGAAGCAGAAUAUAUUGGAGCAGAGGAGGAUGGUAUUCUGAUUGAAAAUAUGCAUGAUGUUCCUUAUAUUAAACAAAAAGAUAUAUCGCCGGAAGUUACAACUAUGAUGACUAGAAUUUGCACAGAAAUUAGAAAAA